AUGUCGCACAGCGGGCCACCCGCCUUCAACUUUGGAGUCUUCGGAGGAGGACGGCGAGCCGGUGCCUCGUCGUCCCAAGGGACAAAUGUGUCCGAGGACGACGGCAACGAAGAAGACGAAGAGGACUUUGGUCCUGAUGGUCAGCACAUGAAUACGUAUGACAAGGCAAAUUGGACAGAAGAAAAAACUUACACAUUGUGUGAAAUAGCAUGUGAGGAAAUAAGGGAUGGGCAUUGUCCUAAUGGAGCAUGGACAACUAGAGGGUACCAGAAUUUGAAGGCCAAAUAUUUCCAAAGGGCUAACCUAAGGCAUUCAACCAAACAGAUAAAGAAUAGAUUCACCCAUCUAAAGAAUUAUUACAUUGCUUGGGUGUGGCUGAACCAACAAACUGGAGCUGGUAGAAGUGCUAGUGGAGAAAUAAUUGCAUCAAAUGCUUGGUGGGAAAAAAAAAUUAAGGAGAAGGGGGACGCCAAGAAAUUUCGCCAUGGCAACCCUGAGUACUUAGAUUUUCUUAUAGAGAUAUUUCAAGGAGUUGCAGUUGAUGGUUCCACAGCAUACAUCCCUGGUUUUGAAGAUGAAGAUGAAGAGGAAGGAGAAGAAGAAGCAGGGGAUGCAGGGGAGGCAGCUAGAGGGGAAAGAGCUGUAGGGGAUGGUUAUGAGAACAGCCCCAUGAGCACUAACAGCAGGAAGAGAGGGAGUAGCAGCUGUGAUGUGUCCACAGCUUCUAGUCCUGGGAAAAAAAGCAAGAGCCCAGUGGUGAAGCUCAUGCAGGGGCUGCUCAAUUCUUUCAACUCUGAUUGUGAUAAGUCAAAUACCCUAAUUACUGAACUUGUUAACAGCAAGAAGUUAAAGGAGCAGAAGAAAGAAGAAAUUGCUGAGUCAUUGACAAACUGUCAGAGGUUGGCAGUAGAGUGUGGUGCAACAGAAGACAGUGUGGAAUACUUUUGUGCCACACAGUUGUUUGCUUCCAAACAUAACAGAGUUAUGUUUAAGAACAUUAGCACUAAAGAAGCAAGAUUUAUGUGGCUGAGGAGAUGGUGCCAGCAGAAGAAUUUGUAUUAGAUGAUCCCUUUCUUUAGCUGCAUAUCAUGGGUCUGGUCUGCAUUAGUUGUGUCUUAGCUGCAUUAGUUAUGAUCUACUUUUGUGUUGAACUAUCAACUUGUUUGAUGUGAUGUGACGUAAUGAACAUGUGAUGUGUGGACCUAUUUAAACCUUCCCUUCUUUUCUUCUUGAAGUUUGUUCAUAUUAUAUUUAUGAUGUGCUUUCUUUCUAUGCAUAUGUCACUCCUGCAGGAUGGUGAAGGCAGUGGUGAUGAAGAUAUCUCUGAUGAAGAUAGCAGUGAUGAUGAAAUUGAUCUUAUCAUUUAUAUUUUGAAGAAAAGAGAAAUGGACAGGAGAAGAGCAUGUAUGCUUGCCGCCAUGAUUGGUACGUAUUACUUGGAACUUUACUCUAAUAAGGCUCCAAGAAGGGUAGCACCUGAGUCUGGACAUGAUUGGGUUAUGAGAACAUUAGCUAAUAGAACUGUUUGUUACAACAUGUUUAGGAUGCACAGGCCAGUUUUUGAGAGGUUACAUUCUGUGCUUGUGGAAUCAUAUGAGUUGAAGUCCACAAACAACAUGGAUUCCAUGGAGUGUUUGGGUCUUUUUUUAUGGAUAGUAGGUGCUCCCCAAUCAGUUAGGCAAGCCCAAGACAGAUUUGUUAGGUCUCUUAAAACAGUACAUAGUAAGUUCAAAGCAGUUUUGACCGCUCUACUGAAACUUGCACAAGAUAUCAUUAGGCCAAAAGAUCCCUUAUUCACAACAGUCCAUAAGAAAUUGCUUUCUCCUCAGUACACACCAUAUUUGGAUAAUUGCAUUGGAGCAAUAGAUGGUACUCACAUCCAAGUUGUGGUGCCAAAUUCAGCUGCUGUUCAACAUAGGAAUAGACAUGAGGAGAAGAGUCAGAAUGUUAUGUGUGUCUGUGACUUCGAUAUGAGAUUUACUUUCGUGCUUGCUGGGUGGCCUGGUUCGGUUCAUGACAUGAGGGUAUUCAAUGAUGCACAAACUAGAUUUAGUGCCAAGUUUCCAAAGCUACCUCUAGGAAAGUUUUAUCUCGUAGACUCGGGAUACCCAAAUAGGCCGGGUUAUUUAGCACCAUACAAGGGUAUAACAUAUCAUUUCCAAGAGUACAACGAAAGCACAUUGCCAAGGGGAAGAAGGGAGCACUUUAAUUACUGCCAUUCUUCGUGUCGGAAUGUCAUUGAGAGGUCAUUUGGGGUCUUGAAGAACAAGUGGAGGAUUUUGUUUAGUUUACCAAGCUACUCGCAGGAAAAGCAAAGCAGAAUUAUCCAUGCAUGAGCACUUCAUAAUUUCAUUAGAGACAGUUAAAUGGCUGAUACAGAGUUCGACAAUUGUGACCAUGAUGAAAAUUAUGAUCCAUUGGGUGGAACCUCUUCUCCAUCUAGCGAACCAACAAACGAAUUGGACUCGCGUGUCAUGAACCAAUUUCGGGACUGGAUUGCCGAUGGAUUGUGGUAUUUGAAAGGAAUGUAAUGAAUGGUUCAAUUUUUCUUGUGAAUUGUAUUUGGUUUAACUUGUCAAUUGAACCAUGAGUGCUUGUAAUUUGUAACAUUGAAACUUCUGUGAUGUAUUUCAACAACUUGAGAUGUA